AUGGGCAAGAAAUCAUCCAAAUCCCAAUCUAAGGAGGAGAGCCAGCCAGCCGCUGGUGGCCUCCCAUUCAUCAGCGGUAGCGCAUCUUUGGACCCAACAUUGUCCUCGCUCUUCGCGGCAAGCUCUGGACCCGUCCAAGCACCGACUGUCAAGUACAAAAAGAAUGCGGAUGCACGCAAAUCCGCCAAAAAGACCGACGAGGUUGAGGAGGAGGAUGAUGUGAUGGAAGAUGCCUCUGCCUCUGAAGAAAGCGACUCCGAGUCUGCGGAGGAAGCAGAGGAAACACAAGGCCGCAAGCGAAAGCGUGGUCCUGCGGAGGAAGUCGAGGAAACCUACAUGCGCCGCAUCGCCAAGGAGGAGGAAAAGGAUGCCGAAAAGCGCAAGGCCGAGUACACCAAGCGUCAGAAGCCUGAUGAGGAGUCCGACGACAAGAGUGAUAACUCUGACGAUGACGAGGAGGAGGAUGAGGAGGAGGAUAAAGACAGUGACAGUGACGACAAGGAGGAGAAGAGUGCUCCACCUCCAGUUCACGAGAGCGUGGCCGGAAAUGCGAAGGCCAGCGAAGUUGAAAAGUCCAGCCGAACCGUCUUCCUGGGCAACGUUUCCACCGAGGCGAUCAAAUCCAAAUCGUCCAAGAAGACUCUCCUCCGACACCUGGCCUCCCACUUAUCCAGCUUGCCCGAGUCCAGCGGCCCGCACAAGGUCGAGUCGAUUCGAUUCCGCUCCGUCCCAUUCGCCAGCGGCGGCGGUCUCCCCAAGCGCGCAUCUUUCGCCAGACGGGAGAUCCUCGACGAUACCACGCCCAGCACCAACGCCUACGCCGCGCACGCAAGGCCCCCCUCAGCCUUGAACGGAACCGUCGUUUUGGACCGCCACAUCCGCGUCGACAGCAUCGCCCACCCGGCUGAAAUCGACAACAAGCGCUGCGUAUUCGUGGGUAACCUCUCCUUCGUCGACCAGGAGGGUAUCACCGAGGACCACAAUGGCAAGAAGAAGAAGGCUCGCGCAUCCGCUGAUAUCGAAGAGGGUCUCUGGCGAAUCUUCAACCAGAACACAGGGGACACCAAGGACAAGAAGACAGUGAAGAAGAACGUUGAAUUCGUCCGCGUGAUUCGUGACCGCGCCACUCGCGUCGGCAAGGGCUUCGCCUACGUCCAAUUCUUCGACGCGAAUAACGUCGAGGCCGCUCUCCUUCUCAACGAGAAGAAUUACCCUCCCAUGCUGCCGCGCAAGUUGCGCGUCACCCGUGCGCGAAAGAUGGCUAAGAAGCAAGAGGAUGAUGGCGGCAAGAAUGGUGGUCGUGGUGAUCUUGCUCAGAAGACACUUCAGGGUCGCGCUAACAAGCUCCUCGGUCGUGCGGGUGCGGCCAAGAUUAAGGAGGCCGGCAAGGGCGGUAUUGCUGGUAACUCGAUGGUUUUCGAGGGUCACCGUGCUACUGAAGAUGGAUCUCGCAUGAAGGUUAAGACUAAGAGCCGUGGAUCGAAGGGUAAGCCCAAGGGCCGGAGCAGCAAGCGUGCUGCGGCCUACCGUGCUGCGGGUGGUCAGAAGCCAUGA